UAAACAGAAAGCACGGUAAUAAGAGUCGAGGUGAACUGAAUUAAGAAAGGGUUUUGAGCAUAAAAUGUCGUCAGAUGAAGAAAGCGUUGAAGACGAAGGUGUUCCAUAUUUAGGAGAAUAUGAGGGCGAUCGAAACGAAGAAGAAGAAAGACAUGGGAAAGGAAAAGCAAAGCUGCCAAAUGGCGAUCUAUAUGAAGGAGAAUAUUCGCAUGGAAAGAGACAUGGUCUUGGAACCUACAAAUUCCAAAACGGAGCGAGGUACACUGGAAGCUACAUGAACGGUAUAAAACACGGCGAGGGAACAUUCCUCUAUCCCGAUGGCUCCAAAUAUGAAGGGUUCUGGCUCAACGAUGUCCGUCAUGGCCGCGGGAAAUACACCUACCCGAACGGGGACAUUUACGAGGGGGAGUGGGCCGACAAUCAGCGUCACGGUCAAGGGGAAUACACUUACAUAGAGACAGGCUCUAAGUACCGGGGAACGUGGGUCCAUGGGAAAAUGGACGAGGUCGGGGAAUUGAUCCAUGCUAACCAUCGGUAUUCCGGGGGAUUUUCGCAGGAUAAACCCAAGGGGAAAGGUAAAUACGUUUUUGAUCACGGCUGUGAGAUGCGAGGGAGAUAUGAACUGGUUGAAGUUGUUCUUGAGCCUGACAACGAGGAAGAAGAAGUCAUUACUGUUCUAGAACCAAAGUGGAGAAUAGAGGAACUUGCGCCACUAGAUUAAACGAGCGAAAUUUUUGGUUGAUUUGUGAUAAACUUUGACCACUAAAUUUUAGAAAAAGCGUUGUAACAUUAUUUCCUUCGAAAUAGAUGAACUCAUGAUCAAAGAUAGUCUCGCUUUUAAUUUUUUUUGUUUUGCUUUUUUUUUAGUUUCUGUUUGUUUUUGUUUUUUUGUUUUGUUUUGUUUUGUUUUUUUUUUUUUUUUUAUUACUGAACCAUUCUAAAAACUUGUACAGCCACGCGAAACCGAUCAGUAAAACACUAAAGUGCAUGAAUCCAAAAAGAUACCCUCCUUGCAGGGAGAAAUAAACAGCACUCUUACACAA